AUGCCCGGGGAGGUGCCGCCGCCGGCGCCCCGGGGGCUGCGGAGCCUCCCGGUGCCGCUCCUGCUCCUGCUGCUGCUGCUCAGCGCCCGCACCGCGCUGGUGAGUGCGGGGGCACCGGCGGGGAGGGGGCCAGGGGGCACCGGGAGGGGGCAUCGGCACCGGGAGGGGGUCGGAGGGGGGAUUGGCAUCGGCACCGGGAGGGGGGUGAGGCGGGAUCGACACCGGCACCGAUCGGGCGGGGGGCACCGGGCGGGGGACGAGGGGGCAGCGGGGAUCGCUGCGGGAGGGGGGUGGGAUGGGAGCGGGAUCGGCACCGGGAGAGGGUCAGAGGGGAUCGGCGCUGGCUCCGGGAGAGGGAUGAGGUGGGAUUGGCACCGGCACCGAGAGGGGGUCGAGGGGGCACCGGCACCGGACGAGGGAAUCGGCACCGGCACCGGGCGGAGGGCGAGGGGGGCUCGGCAUCGGCACCGGGAGCGGGGUGAGGUGGGAUCGGCACCAGCGAGGGAGGGGGCGCGACCGGCACCGCACGGGGGUCAACGGGAAUCGGCAUCGGGAGUGAAACCGGGAGGGGAGCGGCCCCGGCCCCGGGCGGGGGCUCAGCGGGGACCGGCACCGGCAUCGCGUGUGCAUCGGGACCGGCAGGAAAAGGGGGGUGUGGAGCGGGACCGGCAUCGUGCACGGGCUGGCACCGGGGAGCUGGGAGCGGCAUCGGCACCGAGCGGGCAUCGGCAGCGGACGGGGGGCACCGGGCUGGGGGCGUGGGGGGACCGGCACCGUGCGGGGGGCACCGGCACCGUGCGGGCCAGAGUGUUCCCCCCAAUGGAUGUUAUCAAAUCAGGAUACGAGGAGGCCAAGCAGGAGUGGGAGAAGAACUGA